CAAAUACCAAAGACAAACAAAAAAAACCUGAGAUGAAUUUGACACUUCCGAUGAAAAAACAAAAAUUUCUGCUAAUCAUCUCAUUAUUGAUAUUAUUAUCAUUACUUCAUCAAGAUUAUCACAUUGAAGCUCAAAAUUCAGACAAAGUAGUCAAUCUUCCUGAACAACCACUGAACCCAAAGAUCUCUCAUUUCUCAGGUUAUGUCAACGUCAAUCAAGAAAAUACACGAUCACUCUUCUUUUGGUUCUUCGAAGCAUUGUCUGAAUCUCCUUCAACAAGACCUCUAGUUCUCUGGCUCAAUGGAGGUCCUGGAUGUUCAUCGAUUGGAUAUGGAGCAGCAUCUGAAUUAGGACCUUUUCGUGUUGUUGAAAAUGGGACAAGUCUUAGUUUCAAUCAAUACUCUUGGGUCCAAGAAGCGAAUAUGUUGUUUUUAGAAUCACCAGUCGGAGUAGGGUUUUCGUACACGAACUCAUCAUCUGAUUUGGAAAACCUCAACGACGCUUUCGUUGCGGAAGAUGCAUACAACUUCAUGGUUGCUUGGUUUGCAAGGUAUCCUCAGUAUAAGUCUCGUGAUUUCUUCAUAGCUGGUGAAAGCUAUGCCGGUCACUACUCACCUCAGCUAGCCGAGCUUAUAUACGAUCGGAACAAAGUUCAGCCAAAGGACUCCUUCAUUAAUCUCAAAGGCUUCAUCGUGGGAAAUCCAUUGACGGACGAUGAGUACGAUAACAAAGGGAUUCUAGAAUACGCAUGGAGCCAUGCAGUGAUCUCUGAUCAUCUUUACGACUCCGCAAAACAUAACUGCGACUUCAAGUCUUCGAACUGGUCAGAGCCAUGCAACGUUGCUAUGAACACAGUGUUCACAAAAUACAAAGAGAUUGAUAUUUAUAACAUAUAUGCUCCCAAGUGCAUAUCUAAUAGCUCAUCAGGAGCUUCCUACUUAGGUUUCGGAGUCAAUGAUAAGUCUCCGGCGGUUAAAGACUGGUUCAAGAGAGUGAGAUGGUUUGAAGGAUACGAUCCUUGUUACUCUAAUUACGCUGAAGAAUAUUUCAAUAGAGUCGAUGUUCGAUUGUCUCUUCAUGCUACUACACGAAAUGUAGCAAGGUGGAAAGUUUGCAAUGAUUCGAUAUUGCAAACGUACCAUUUUACAGUCUCCUCAAUGUUGCCUACUUAUAGUAAGCUCAUCAAAGCUGGCCUCAAGAUAUGGGUUUAUAGUGGAGAUGCCGACGGGAGAGUCCCGGUGAUCGGAAGUCGGUAUUGUGUUGAAGCUUUAGGGAUUUCCGUCAAAUCGGAGUGGCGUUCUUGGUUCCACAAUCAUCAGGUGGGAGGGAGAAUAACGGAGUACGAGGGAGGGUUAACGUUCGUAACGGUGAGAGGAGCUGGACACUUGGUUCCUCUCAAUAAACCUGAAGAAGCUCUCGCGCUUUUCCGGUCCUUCCUUAACGGCCAAGAACUUCCGUCAAGCCCCUAGAUACUACCACUAUAUCAUAUAGCUAGUCUCUUCUCUCUAUCUUUUUACCGAGUAUAAAAGAUACAUGCAUAAAUAAUAAGUCCAAUACAUAAUCACAUAUUAGUUGUUACUGUCUACCCAACUAUGUGAGAAAUUUACAAUAUAUAAUGGUUGUUUUGUUUAGUGUAUAAGGUUGGUGAAAAAGAGAGUGAGUUUGUAAUUUGUUUAAGAACAAGAAUAUUUCUCUAGU